GUCCAAAAUACCAUUUCAAAGCGAAAUAUGGCAAACGCAAGCGUAAAUCAGAUCAAUGGACUGAAUUGUUGCAAAAACAACGGGAGCUCGACUAUAAACGCUAUGCAUUUUUUCCAUCGCCGAAAGGACGUUCACAUUGGAUGUGUUACAUCGCUUAUUAUGUGAAAAUGAUGAAACCAGCUAUGGCGGUGUACACAACAAGACAGUUUAUUCGACUCCGUCUUGAUAAAUACAUCGAAGAGAAUCGGGCCAGUGACAAAAUCGCGGCAUCACUGACGAAAAAAAAGUCGGCGCUCGUUUUUAUUGGUGCAGCUCAAAUAGCUCCAAACUCACCAAUUGGUAUUAAAAAGCGAUUGCGAUGCCCGGGAUUACGACGACUAUUGAACAGUUUCAAGAAGUUGGGAAAUUGUAUUGUACGAUUGGUCGACGAAUACAAUACAUCGCAAACUUGUGCAAAAUGUUUCCGGCCAUUCGAUCGACGAACCAAAAGCGAUCGAUACAAAGUUUGUCAGCAUUGUAUUCCAAGUGAAGAUGAGUCAUCGCAAUGGAAUUCACCGAACGUGAUUAUCACCAUGAAAAGCAACCGAGUGUACCAACAAUUGCGUAAAUAUGCAGUUGAUUUUGUUAAUCGAUUGAAUGCAGCCAACCCAGAUCAUAUUCCAAUGGAUUCAGAUGGUUUAGUGUCAAAACUUCAAGUAUGUUUUAAAAACUGGCAACUAAACACUGGCAUUUGGAAAGAUGAUCGAGCUCCAUUCCAAUUGAAAACUGUUUGGCACCGGGAUAUCAUUGCAGCCAAGAACAUCAUGUACAAAGGUCUUUGUACGGUGUUGGGAUUGGAAAUUCAUCCGCAACUAUUGAGACCACAGAAUCAAAAUGCUGCCGUACAAAAUCAAGCAGCUGACGAUGAGGAUUCCAGUGACGAUGAGGACUACGUUUAUGUUCUCGAUGUUUCCGAUGACGACCAGUUUUAAUUACAUGUAGCAUUAAGAUUUCUUUUUAAAUAAUAUUAUUGUAACGUUUUGUUACUAUGCUG